AUGAGGAAGCGCCAUGACGGACCGGAGCUGGGCUCGCUGCUCAAGAACCUGGUGCUCAAGCCAAAGCCCAGCGAUGCCUCCGACCCCGAGGUCCCCGUGACACCACACGUUGUUGCCGCAGCUCGGGGCACCUCCGUGGUGAUGACGCCGGCGCGCUGCGAUCGAACUGUGAGGACACGCGAGGCGGACCUGGUGCCGCCCGAAGAGGCUCCGAUGCUUGGGGAGGUGAAGGAGGAGGCAUGUGCCGAGCCUGCGAUGGAGGAGGAGCCGGAGGAGAUGAUGCAGAUGCCUCCACCCCUCAUAGAGCGGUCCAGGUCCCCCCCUCGCGACCGGGGCCUGGGGCGACGCCUGCAUGGCUCGGUGGUGCAGCACAUCAACAAGAACGCCCCAGUGAAGUUCGAUGCCUGGACGAGCCGUGCGCCGGCCAACAAGACGGUGCCCGGGCUGAUGGUGGCCCCGGCCGAAGUUUGGGAGCGUGCGGUGGACGAGAAGCGGAACGCGGUGUACUUCUGGGAGCAUGUGACCCAAAAGGCGUCUUGGGACCCGCCCGCAAACCACCUGGGGUGGUGGGAGCGCGUCCAGGAUCAGACGAAUCGCCUGGAGUUCUUCUGGAACUCUGCCACCCAAAUCACGGUUUGGCACCUGCCGCUCAACGACACCCUUCCGAGUGCCGGCGGGCAACUAGCUCUGCCUGCGCUUCCCUGGGCCGACCCAAAGGAGGAAACGGAGGUCGUUUGA